AUGGCCAGCAAAGCUGACUACCUCAAGAAGUACCUCAGGGGCCCCCGCAAGCCCCAGGGACCCCCCACUGGUGCCCAAGGGGGGCUGCGUCUGGGAGAGGAUGCAGAGUUGGACUUUCACCCCAGAUCGCGGCGAGGGGGCCCCCGGGGGGCCCCUGGGACUCGCGGGAGGAAGACGCUGUUUACGGUGUUGCGUCGAGCAGAGAACGGCGCGAGGUAUUUAUUCAAAGACGCAAAUGAGGAUGGCGUGUACGAUGAAGACCUGUUAGCAUCUGAUCAAGAGGAGGUGCGGGUCGUAGGGGAGGACGGACAGAUCCUAGAGCUCAGCGAAGCAGACAAAGCCAAAGUCAAUGAACUUAUCGCUAGAGAGGAGAGAGAAGACGAAGACUAUCCCGUGAAACCCCGGGGGCUUCCGACUGACCAUCUCAGCGGCUUAAGGGACCCUCGGCAUGCCAGAGGAAGGGCCCCUGAGGGGUCCCCUGAGAGGGCCCCUGAGGCGGUAUCCGAACCCCCCUCUCCUGAAAACAGCAGCUGGAAGGAGGCCUUCGCUUUAGAGGGGCCUGUGUGCGUGGGUGGGUCCUCUCAUUUGUCUGCUCCGAGUCCGUAUGAUGAGCGCGCAAGAUUGAAACAACAGCUGGAACUUAGUGGGCAGCUGGACCCAGCAAGCAGAGACCUCUCCCCCCCAAGAAGGCGAUCUGCUACAGAUAGAUCGGGGGACCUAUCCCCUCCAAGAAGACGAGCAGAUACAGAUGGAGCCAGAGACCUCUCCCCCCCCAGAAGAAGAGCAGACAUGGACAGGGACGGAGACCUUUCCCCCCCAAGAAGAGCAGACAGAGGAAGAGGCAUCUCUCCCCCUAGAAGAGGAGCAGACACAGACAGAGACAAAGAUCUCUCCCCCCCGAGAAGAAGACCAGACGCAGACAGAGACAUUUCCCCCCCCAGGAGGCGCCGGCCCUCCCCUGUAACCAGUCGACCAGCAGAAGCCCCCAGGGACAGCGAAAGGAAUAUACCACCUCAGAAGAACGCGUCUCGUGAGGGACGCUCAGAAAGGGAGGCAACCUCUGAAGGAGACAGGGACAUCUCUCCUAUGCGGCGAAGCCCAAGCAGCAAGGCAGGAUCGCAAGAGGACGGUGGGCCUCCUAAGAGCCGAAUUGUCUUUCGUGACAGAGAGGGACGAAUCAUAUCUGAAGAGGAGUGGCUUGCUCUCGAGGGGGCUAAGGGGAGAAAAAGACAAAGGGAAAGAGGGCCGGCGCCGGUGUUAGAGUGGGGCGCGGGGUUGAAGCAGAAAGAAGACAAAAUUGCAAAACAAAGACGAGAAGAAAAAAUAGCUAAACAACCGUUUGCCAGAUAUGACAUUGAUGAGGAAUAUGAAACGGAGCUGCGAGCCCGAGACCGGUGGGAUGACCCCUUGGCCAGGGCCCCCACUUCCCGAAAAGACCGACAAGAAGAGCAAAACAGCGAUACCCAAGACAGCAGCAAAACAGGCAAGCCUCCCUAUACAACUCAUCAUACCGUGGCCAUAGCGGCUGCCCUUGAGUGCUGCUGCCCUGAAGCUCUGUCUUUUACUUCUCGCUAUAAGAGCGAAAGCGUUGCAGUUUAG